UGUGCUUCCAAGAUCUGGGGGAGAGUCUUGGCAUGUUCUACCGCGGUCGGUGAUUGGCCAACGGUUCGGUUUCGUAUCUUAUCGGCAGCUGGCUCUCCACGCCAAGACGACCCUUGCGCCGUUAGCCUUAUCUUGUUGGUGUAUCGACGACACCUGACCACUCACCGUCAUCAUCACCCUCCAACAUUCAUCCUACCAUUCUACCAUUCUGCCUGACCACGCCCUUCGUUCUGUGUCGCGCGCGCAUGACGAUCUACAUCUAGUUCUUAUUUUUUCUUGAUUUUUUUUGUUUUCGUGUGCGGGGAAAGAGUUAGGUAAAGCCAUGACGAGCAGACACUAAGGUUGUAUCUACCGUUGAACACUCAACGGCCUUUGUUGCGCGCGCGCGCGCCAACCCCCAACCUUGCGAGAGAAGACUUCCAUCAACCUCCCUAUUCUGGACUAAACCAACCUCGUCGGGCAGUACGACAGUGGGGUGACCUUUUCAGCCCAGUCGCAACUUGUUUCCGGGAACUUGGUAUCUGUGGGGGGGGGGGUCACAGAGGGGUCAAGGCAGGGCAGAACCACCAGGGCGAUUUGCGAUAAAACUCCCCGAGAGGACGACUUAUUUUCCUAUUACCCCUCCUUGACUUGAAGGUGUCUGAGACUCGGCGAUUCAGUCGGAAGUGGUACGGUACGACGACAGAACCCAAGACACACACGGAACAUGGAUCGCCUCAAGAAUGUGUUUGCGCCUGUAAAGGCCGACCCAGACGAGUACUCGCCGUUGACGGAUUCCGACGAUGAUGACUCCCGCUCGGGAACGCUGGAGGGGGAGGUGUAUGAGGAGCAGUCGCCAUUUUCGUGGAUCGAGUACUUCAUAUUUGCCUUUAUUGGCGUGGCGAUGCUGUGGGCGUGGAACAUGUUUCUUGCUGCGGCGCCGUACUUUCAAAGCCGAUUCGUAUCCGACCCAUGGAUGCAGGAUACCUCCCAGUCGGCCAUCCUUGCCGUUUCAACGACUACGAAUCUGGUCACCAUGUUGGUCUUGACCAACAUGCAGUCGUCGGCGAGCUAUCCAUUUCGAAUCAACACAGCCUUGUUCCUCAACGUGGCAGUCUUUACUCUCCUCACCAUCUCGACAAGCUACUUCCUCGAUGCCUCGACCGGCGCAUACUUUGCUUUUCUCCUCGUGAUGGUAGGCAUCACCGCCUUGGCGUCCGGGCUCAUGCAGAACGGCGCCUUCGCCUUUGCCGCUAGUUUCGGCAGGACAGAGUACACACAGGCAAUCAUGGCUGGGCAGGGUGUAGCUGGUAUCCUGCCUCCAUUGACCCAGAUGCUAUCCUACCUGGCCUUCUCCCCUGCCGAGCCCGCUCUCGACCCAGCAAGGAGAACAGCCGAGGACGACGGCCCCCAAGAAAGCAGCACCGCGGCGUUCAUCUACUUCCUCACCGCGGUGAUCAUCUCUGGCAUCACCCUCUUGGCGUUCCUGCCUCUGGUAAACAGACACAACCGCAUUGUUGAGCGCCGGCUGGCAGAACAGCAGGACCUCUCCCAGUCUGUCACUUCCAUCGAGGAAGCCGAAAGGGCAAACAGACGCUACGUCAGCAUGUCAACGCUGUUUAGGAAACUGCGCUGGGUGUCUGUCAGCGUGUCUAUGUGUUUUGCCGUGGCCAUGUUUUUCCCCGUGUUUACGGCAAAGAUCCUGUCUGUCCACAACGCUGAUUCGGACGGGAAGCUCUACGCUCCCGGGGCGUUUAUCCCCCUAGGGUUUUUUUUCUGGAACUUGGGUGAUUUGACGGGGAGGGUGGCGACCAUGUUUCCCUUUUCGCUCCGUCACAGGCCAAAGGCGCUGUUUGCGAUUGCGAUGGGGAGGUGGCUGUUUUUGCCGCUGUAUUUCUUGUGUAAUAUUGGGGGACGGGGAGCGGUGGUGAAGAGUGAUUUGUUUUAUUUGGUGGCGGUGCAGUUUCCUUUUGGGCUGACGAGUGGGUGGUUGGGGAGUAGUGCGAUGAUGGCGGCGGGGGAGUGGGUGGGUGAGUGGGAGAGGGAGGCGGCGGGGGGGUUUAUGGGCAUGUGUUUGGUUGCUGGGUUGACGGUGGGGAGUUUGUUGAGUUUUACUGCUGCGGGGGUUUAA